AUGGUGCAUUACGUUACAAUCGCCACCUGCGCGCUGAACCAGUGGGCGCUAGACUUCCAGGGCAACUACGAGCGCAUCCGCCAGAGCAUUCUGCAAGCGAAAGGGUCGGACGCCAAGCUGCGGAUCGGGCCGGAGCUCGAAAUCCCUGGGUACGGCUGCUACGACCACUUCCUGGAAGGCGACACGAUCCUGCACUCAUGGGAGGUGCUGGGGAAGCUCCUCUCGGACCGCACCCUCGACGACAUUCUAAUCGACACGGGCAUGCCGGUAAUGCACCGCAACCAGCGAUACAACUGCCGGGUGGUGAUCCUGAACGGCAAGAUUGUUUUGAUCCGGCCCAAGCUCUACCUGGCCAACGACGGCAACUACCGCGAACUGCGGUGGUUCACAGCGUGGGCUGGUCGGGCAUCAAUUGAAGACUAUGUGCUGCCGCGGUUCAUCUCGUCGAUUACGGGGCAGAAGACGGUGCCUAUAGGCGAUGCCCUAGUGAGCACGGAUGAUUCGUGCAUUGGCAUUGAGCUGUGUGAGGAGCUGUUUACGCCGGAGAGCCCGCAUAUUGCGAUGAGCUUGGAUGGCGCUGAGAUCAUCAUCAAUAGCUCGGGCAGCCACCACGAGCUGCGCAAGCUGCAUCGGCGUGUCGAGCUGAUCCGGGAGGCGACGAUGAAGUGCGGCGGGAUAUACCUGUAUGCGAACCAGAAGGGGUGCGAUGGCGACCGGCUGUAUUACGACGGCUCGGCUAUGGUGCUUGCCAAUGGCGAGGUCCUGGCCAUGGGCCGCCAGUUCGCCAUCUCCGACGUCGAGGUCACGGUGGCCACGGCGGAUCUGGGCGCCGUGCGGUCCUUCCGCGGCGCCAUUUCGAGCCGCUCAUUGCAGGCCGCCCGGUCCAUUGUGUACCCACGCGUCCAUGCCGACAUCGCGCUGUCGCCAGAAAAGGACAUGUUCGAUGGCCGCGUCAAGCCCACAAAACCGAUUUCAGUCAGGUACCAUUUGCCUGAGGAGGAGAUCAACCUGGGCCCGGCGUGCUGGCUGUGGGACUAUCUAAGGCGGUCCAGCCAGGGCGGGUUCUUUUUGCCCCUGAGCGGCGGCAUCGAUAGCUGCUCGACCUGCGGUCAUUGUGCAUUCGAUGCCGGCGACCAGCAGGUAAUCGAGGAUGUGCGCAAAUGCGUGGGUAUGGGCCCAGAGUACCUGCCCAAGGACGCGCAGGAGCUGGCCAGCCAUCUCUUCUACACGUGCUACAUGGGCACAGGCAACUCAUCCAGCGAGACCCGCACACGCGCCAAACAGCUGGCAUCAGCCGUAGGCAGCUACCACGUGGACCUGAACAUGGACUCCUGUGGUCUCGGCCAUCGUGAUGCUUACGCGGUCCACGGCGGCUCCAAUGCUGAGAACCUGGCUUUGCAGAAUAUCCAGGCGCGCCUGCGCAUGCUCUUGGCGUACCUGUUCGCCGCGCUGUUGCCAUGGGCGCGCGGCCGCCAGAAUCCUCUGCGCGGAUACUUUACCAAAUACGACUGCUCGUCGGCCGACCUGAACCCGAUCGGGUCGAUUAGCAAGCGCGAUCUGCGAAAGUACAUUGCCUAUGCACGCGAACACUUGCAGCUGCCUCUGGUGCCGUUCUCCGAGUCGUACGUGCAGAGCGACGAGGUCGAGAUGGGCAUGAGCUACGACGACCUCAGCGUGUACGGCCGGCUGCGCAAAAUCGCCAAGUGUGGGCCGUACUCGAUGUUCACGCAGCUUCUGCAUAUCUGGGAUGGCCUGACGCCCCGCCAGGUGGCCGACAAGGUCAAGCGCUUCUUCUUCUACUACUCGAUCAACCGCCACAAGAUGACGACCAUCACGCCAGCCUACCAUGCCGAGACCUACUCGCCCGACGACAACCGCUUUGACAUGCGCCAGUUCCUGUACAAUGCCCGGUGGGACUGGCAGUUCCGCUGCAUCGACCAGGAGGAGUAACUAAUUAAAGCCUAGUUUUUAUUAUGAAGCUGAAGUGUCAUUCUC